AUGAUAAUAACAAACAAACGUCAAACUCAAGCUGUAUCAAGGAGUCCGUUCGUUUCAUGGCCGCCCAAGAAGGACACGAAGACUUCGGCCAAGCAGCCGCAGAAAACCCAAAAGAAGAAGGAGGGGUCUGGUGGCGGCAAAGCCAAGAAGAAGAAGUGGUCCAAAGGAAAAGUCCGUGACAAGUUGAACAACCAGGUGUUGUUCGACAAGGCCACCUAUGAGAAGCUGUACAAGGAAGUGCCACAGUACAAGCUGAUCACCCCCGCUGUAGUUUCUGAGAGACUAAAGGUCAGAGGCUCCCUCGCCAGGAGGGCACUCAUCGAGCUCAGGGAAAAAGGUCUAAUUAAGCAAGUCGUCCAACACCACGGACAGGUGAUCUACACAAGAGCGACAAAGGGCGAUGACCCAGUUGCUUAAGUUAUGGAUAAGUUAAAAUAAAAAAAAUCACAAAA